CUCCAUGAGCCACAACUCCCUCGCCUUCGUCGGGGCUUGCGCACGUUCAACGUGCCCUCAUACUUCACGGUAUACGCACACAAUGACAGCUAAUUGACCUUCGCACACACCCACCGCGGUGGCUCAGUUAACUAAGGCGUUGCGCUGCUGAGCACGAGGUCGCGGGAUCGAAUCCCGGCCGCGGCGGCCGCAUUUCGAUGGCGAAACGCAAAAACGCCCGUGUGCUUGCGUUUUAGUGCACGUUAACAAACCACAGGUGGUCAAAAAUAAUCCGCAGCUCUCCACUACGGCGUGCCUCAUAAUCAGAGCUGGUUAUGGCACGUAAAACCCCAGAAAGGAGAAGAAAGAAGACCUUCGCACAUUGCGCCGGCCUUGGGGCAUAGAGUACAAAAACAUCGGUACCCUACCGCGCGUACGUCAAGCGUGAUUUCGGCGCUGACAGCUAUGAGGGCGUUGGAGAAAGCUCCGGGUCUCGUCGUGUGGGCCCUGGGUACCGUCGUCUGGAUCCUCGCCGCGGCAGUUGCUCGUUCAUGUGUCGCGGGCCGUCGCCGAUUGGCUGCGGCUGUGGUGGCGCCUGCGCGAUGUGCCAAAGCCCAAGCCGCAGAAGUCGUUCACGCUGUUUCUCGACGUGUACAAACAGAUGUCGGCCAUGGGACCUAACGUAGACGUGAAAUUCAAGGCAUUCAGGUACCUACAGGAUUUUUUCAAGUCCUUAGAAGAUCAAGACGUGACAGUUGGUUUCUGCGGGCCGUACCCAGUUCUUCUUGGUUCGACGCCACAAGUGGGAGAGGCCAUCUUGGGCUACACAAAGAACACGACCAGGGCCUUCUUUUACAAUACGCUGAAGCCAUGGAUGGUUGAAGGAAUCGUCACAUUGAACGAUGAGCCAUGGAGAGCCCGUCGGAAGGCGAUGACGCCGUCCUUUCACUACCGUAUUCUGGACGAUCACACCCCCAUCAUGGACAAGAGAGAGGAAAGGCUGGUGCAAAAGCUCGCCAGUAUAGGAGCGAGGAGUACUUCGACGUCCUCCCUCUCCUUCGCGCAGCGGCCUUCGGAGUACUCUUUGGUUAGUCGCGUGCGAGAGUGUGUGAGCAUGUCUGAAGAAUAUCUUAGCGAUGCAUUUCUUAGCGUUCCAUUUAAGGCCAUGUCCAUAGACAUAAAAUACUUAUAUUAUUCUAUUCCGCAUCUGGCACUCUUGCUUGUUAUUGAAGAAGCUAUUUUUAGUUUGCGCAGAUCUGUGCCGAAGCACCUGACCGUCAACUUGUACGAGGCCUGA